AUGACUUCAGCGAAUCAUAAAGUUGUCCAUGAGGCUAACCAUAUUAAUGCUAUACCAACCCCAAAAGAGUUUUUUGAAAGGCAACCACACCCUGGUCAUCUUAAGAAUUUGCAGCAGUAUUAUGAGAUGUAUGAAAAAUCCAUUAAGGAUCCAGAGGGUUUUUUUGGCCCCUUCGCAAAGGAAUUAUUGAGUUGGGACAGAGACUUCAAAAAAGUAAAGUCAGGAUCUUUGAGCUACGGUGAUGCAGCCUGGUUUAUUGGUGGGGAAUUGAAUGCGAGUUACAACUGUGUUGAUAGGCAUGCCUUUAAAAAUCCUCAUAAACCUGCUUUAAUUUACGAAGCUGACGACGAGAAGGAAAGUAAGAUAUUGACUUACGCGGAAUUAUUACGUGAAGUAUCCAAAGUUGCAGGUGUUUUGAAUAGCUGGGGUAUUAAAAAAGGUGAUACGGUUGCUAUUUACUUACCUAUGAAUGCUCAAGCCAUCAUUUCAAUGUUGGCCGUUGCAAGAAUUGGAGCAAUCCACUCUGUUAUAUUUGCCGGCUUCUCUUCAGGUUCUAUAAAAGACAGAGUAAAUGAUGCUUCUUGCAAAGCAUUGAUUACCUGUGACGAAGGUCGUCGUGGAGGCAAGACGGUUAACAUUAAAAAGUUAUGCGAUGAGGCCCUUUCUAAUUGUCCAACGGUUGAAAAAGUCUUAGUGUUCAGAAGAACUGGUAAUGAGGCGAUUUCUUUAAAAGAGGGUCGUGAUUAUUGGUGGCAUGAAGAAACAGAAAAAUUUCCAGGGUAUUUUGCUCCAGUUCCAGUGAAUUCGGAAGACCCAUUAUUCUUGUUAUACACCUCUGGUUCAACCGGCACUCCAAAAGGUGUCGUUCACUCUACUGCGGGCUUUUUGUUGGGAGCGGCUUUGACUACCCAAUACAUAUUUGAUAUACAACCUGAAGAUGUUUUGUUCACUGCUGGUGAUGUGGGAUGGAUCACGGGACACACAUACGCCUUAUAUGGUCCUAUGACUCUAGGCGUUCCAACAGUUAUAUUUGAGGGCACACCAGCUUAUCCAGAUUAUGGUAGGUUGUGGCAAAUCGUCCAGAAGCACAAAGUAACCCAUUUUUACGUAGCUCCCACUGCGUUACGUUUGUUAAGGAAGUCCGGCGAGCUGGAAAUUGCUAAGUACGAUUUAAGCUCCUUAAGAACACUUGGAUCAGUUGGAGAGCCUAUAUCUCCCGAUAUUUGGGAAUGGUAUAAUGAAAAAGUGGGUAAGGGUCAGUGUCAUAUUUCUGAUACCUAUUGGCAAACUGAAUCAGGUUCUCAUUUCAUUGCACCAAUUGCAGGAAUUACACCAAAUAAGCCUGGUUCUGCGUCAUUGCCAUUCUUCGGUAUUGACACCUGCCUUAUUGACCCUGUAACAGGCGCUGAGAUCAAAGAGAAUGAUGUCGAAGGAGUCUUAGCUGUGAAGAAUACUUGGCCAUCCAUGGCAAGGUCAGUUUGGAGAAACCAUGCUAAAUAUAUGGACACUUAUUUAAAACCUUAUCCCGGUUAUUACUUCACAGGUGAUGGAGCUGCAAGAGAUCAUGAUGGGUACUAUUGGAUUAGAGGUAGAGUUGAUGAUGUCGUUAAUGUUUCUGGUCACAGAUUGUCUACUUCAGAAAUAGAGGCUGCAUUAAUUGAGCACAAAGGAGUUUCUGAGGCUGCGGUCGUUGGAAUUAAUGAUGACUUGACCGGACAAGCAGUUGUGGCGUACGUUGCUCUCAAGGACGACGAAUCCAAAAAAAUAAGCGGUAAUGAGACAAGCGAUGAAGCAACUUCAUUGAGAAAAGCAUUAAUCUUACAAGUCAGAAGCGAAAUUGGCCCCUUUGCCGCACCCAAGAAUGUUAUUAUAGUGGGUGAUUUGCCAAAAACUAGGUCUGGUAAGAUUAUGAGAAGAAUCUUGCGUAAAAUUUCAUCUAAUGAAGCUGAUCAGUUAGGCGACAUCACAACUUUAGCCAAUCCUCAAUCUGUUGCUGGUAUAAUCGAAGCAUUCAGUACUCAAUUUGGUAAGAAGUAA